AUGGAAGGUAACCAGUCCAAUGUUGCUGCUGCCAGCCCCAAUGGAGCGAUCUCUCUGCCGGCCAGGCAGGAGCUUUCUGUGGAGACCCUUGGUUUCUCUUCCCAGCCUCCGUCUCCUAACCCCCCCUCCACCCUGCUCCAGCAGAGCAGGAACAGUAUCCGGCUGCUCUCAGGGAUCCUGGCUGUGAACAUCCUCCUCCUAGGCAGUGCGCUGGUCUGCGGGGCAGCCUUCAGCAAGGUGAAGGUCCUCUCCGAUGAAGAAAUGCACAUCUACCUGACCAUCCUCCUCAUCCUCACCACAGCCUGGAUGAUCUUCUACAUGGUGCACACUGCCAGCCGGCCACAGGCUGUGCUCUACAAGGACAGCCAUGCUGGGCCCAUCUGGCUGAGAGGCGGUCUGGUGCUCUUUGGAGUGGCCAGUUUGAUUAUGGACGUCUUCAAAACUGGCUACUCCAUCGGACAUCUCAAUUGUGAAUCUCCGGUGAAAAUUACCUUCCCUCUGUUGCAGCUGGUCUUCGUGAUAAUCCAGACAUAUUUUCUGUGGGUGCACUCCAAGGACUGCGUUCAAAAACAGAGCAACAUCACAGGAUGUGGUCUGAUGCUCACCCUGGCCACCAACCUCAUGCUGUGGAUGUCAGCUGUCACUGAUGAGUCUCUCCAUCAGACCGGGGAAGAAGCCUCGAAGCCCAAUGACAGUUUCAGCCAUCUCCGAAACGGAUCCAUGUUCUUUAAAGCCAGUGGAUCGGGAUGCAAGUGCACCCACAGUGCCUGUGAGAUUUUUCAAAAGGGUUUUUACUACCUGUACCCCUUUAACAUCGAGUACAGCCUCUUCGCCUCAGCCAUGACCUACAUCAUGUGGAAGAACAUCGGCAGGCAGAUUGACGACUGCAGCCACCACAAAAUCAGCUUCCGUGUCAAGGGAAUCGUGCUGGGAGCCACUGUGGGGUUACUGGUGGUGAUGGCUGGACUGGGAGUCUUCAUUGUCUAUGAGGUGGAAGUCACAAAGGAUACAUCAAGGGAGCGGGUCUUGAUCAUGUAUUACACCUUCAGCAUUGUUGGCCUCAUCUUGAUGUCCCUGGCCUCCUUAGCUGGCUCAAUUAUCUACAGGUUUGACAAGAGAACAGUGGUAUCCACGAAGAACCCAACACGAAGCCUGGACAUUGCCCUUCUUUUGGGGGCUGCACUGGGGCAAUUCCUCAUCUCUUACUUCUCUAUCGUAGCCAUAGUGGCCGAGAAAGCCACCCGGACCGUCAGCAUGCUCAACCUAACCUGUUCUUUCCUCAUUAUCCUCCAGAUCUGUCUCCAGAACUUUUUCAUUAUUGAAGGGCUCCACAAACAACCGUACCAUGCAGAGCCUCCUGUGGUGAGCGUGGUCUUCAUCAAUGAAGGCACCUCGCACAGCAACCCUUACUCGCCUUCCCUCAAGAAUGAUAAUGAUGAGCCCUCACCAGCUGAGAACAACCUGGAGCCCUCAUCUCAUAGCCACGACUUCAGCAGCGCCAUCCAUUCAUCAUCCAGCCGCAUGUCCUGGAAGAGGAGGGCCCUUAAGGAGAUCUCAAUAUUUCUGCUCCUCUGCAAUGUGAUAUUCUGGAUAAUACCGGCGUUCGGUGCCCGCCCGCAGUUUGAAAAUGGUUUGGAAGAGUGGGUUUAUGGAUUCUCCAUAUGGGUCGCCAUUGUCAACAUCGGGCUUCCUUUUGGGAUUUUCUACCGGAUGCACUCGGUUGCCAGUCUCUUCGAGGUCUACCUCACAUCUUAA